GUUUGGUUCAAAAAUGAUGACACAGAGGCUGUCAGGCUGGACCGUGCUUGGCAACGUUUCAGUCUGAUAUUCAUCAGGACCUAGAUGGAUCUACUGUGAAGGAAAGGAGGAUAAGCGUUUUUACAGGGGGAAUACGUACAAUUUUAGCCAAUAAUUCCACUGAUAGAUGAUGGAUCAGCCAACAAACACACAGACCCAACACCAACACGAGCCCAUCAGCUUUGGGAUUGAUCAGAUUCUAAACAAUUCAGAUCAGGAAAACUCCUCACACUCUGCUCCCAGAGCGAACGAGAACAGCCCUUACCUGAGCAGCCCAGUGAACCGACCAAGUGCCCCAUACUCCUCGCUCCCAGCUUCUUUCCCUGGCAUUGGGGCGGCGUUUGAUGACUCUGGAUCUUACAGUGUUAAUCUGAGCUUGGCUCCAGCUGGUGUGAUCAGAGUGCCAGCUCACCGACCUAUCCCUGGUGCUGUCCCACCUCCCAUCCCCAGUGCCAUUCCAUCCAUGCCAGCUGUACACGGCCUUGGCAGCCUCAACUUCCCCUGGAUGGAGAGUAGCAGAAGGUUUGUUAAAGAAAGAUUUACAGCUGCCGCAGCCCUCACUCCUUUCACUGUGACCCGCAGGAUCGGGCACCCCUAUCAGAACCGGACUCCCCCUAAGCGCAAGAAACCGCGCACAUCCUUCUCCAGGGUCCAGAUCUGCGAGCUGGAGAAACGUUUCCACCGCCAGAAGUACCUGGCCUCUGCGGAGAGAGCGGCCCUGGCCAAGUCACUGAAGAUGACCGAUGCUCAGGUCAAAACGUGGUUUCAAAACAGAAGGACAAAAUGGAGGAGACAGACAGCCGAAGAAAGAGAAGCAGAAAGGCAACAGGCCAACAGAUUAAUGCUUCAAUUGCAACAUGACGCCUUCCAGAAAUCACUGAGUGAUUCAAUCCAGCCAGACCCUUUAUGUUUACACAAUUCUUCUCUAUUUGCACUCCAGAAUCUUCAGCCUUGGGAGGAAGAGAAUGCCAAAAUUCCACCUGUUACCUCUUUAGUUUGAUCUCCGUUGGAGCUGUUGAUGAACACUUUUUGUUUUUUUUAGAUUUGAGG